AUGGGUGUGGCCAAAAAAUUAUCCAUCAAUGCUUAUAAGAAGCCUGUUGUUGUGGAGUUUUAUGAUGAGAUAGUUUUCCCUGAUCCUUCCGAGGCUUUCUUAGCUCGUAUGCAAGGUCAUCCAGCUGUGAACUUGCCAAGAUUACCUGCUGGGCUCACCUUACCUCCUCCCAUACCUGUUGAGGAUGCAAGUAAAAGGAGAAAAGGUGAUACCAAAGAUCAUUCCUUAAGUCAAUGGUUUACAAAUUUCUCGGAAGCAGAUGAGCUCUUACAGCUUGCAGCAGCUCGUCAGCAGGUAUGUAUCACAAUACUUUUAUCAUAUUUGAAGUAUAUGAUAUUUGUGGAUGUCAAACCUAUUGUUAAUUGUUGAUGCCUUGAUUGAUGGUAUAUUUAUUAGUUAAUGAAUCUGAAUGAGCCAUGACAACAAGCAUAUGCUUGCAUCUUUACAAAAUAGAAAAGUCUGUAUCAACAUGCUCACCUGUUUGGCUGUCACCCUAGCAAUCCAGAUUAUAGAUGAUCCUGAUAGUUUCUUUAUGGAGAAAU